AUGGCUGGAGGGGCAGAGGCCGAGCACCCCGCCGGCUCCGGGAGGGAGGGGACGAGCCGGAGCGGUGGGGCCCAAAGCCUCCGGCCGAGGCCGCUUCACCGCCUCCCUCCGGGAGCCCCGUUGCCAGGCCUCAGCGCCGACAUCUUGGAGUCGGGCGGGCGCGGCCCAGCCAUUGCCUUGGAAGAGAUAAACAACUGGGGUCACAAGAGAUCAAGUGAACAGAUUCAAAAUGCUGUAUUCCUUGUGCUCGUCCCCUUUUUAUUUUUCUGCCAGAACUUCUUAGAAACAGGGAUUUUUGGAAGUGAGAAGAUGAUCAUCCUGUUUGCAGGUGGUAUCUGUGGUGUAGCUCCAAAAGCAGGAUCUCUUCUAGCUGGGGUCUACAUGAUUCUGACAACCAAUAUGUACCUGAUCUUUGAGGCUGGCCACCUAAAUCGCUCCCUAACUCUGAUACAACUGCAUCAGGAAGAAAAUUAUUCCAUUGGAACGAUGUGGGUCAUCCCAUAUUACUAUUACACUGCAAUCGGCUUGGCUGUUAUAACUUAUCCUAUCUGUUUCUACUUCCUCUUAUCCAUCCAGAGGCGAGACACUGUAGGAUUGUUUAUCUACAUUGUUUGGAUCAUCUUCUAUGAUCUAGCCAACAUUGUCCUCGUAGUUCUAACAGCAAGGGCAGCUCUUUAUUCAAUAAGUGACUUGGAAUGGUUUGGAUUGGCCACCAGAAUCCCCACAGACUGCUUUUGGCUUCUCUUUAUCAUAACAUAUCUUCUGAUGAUUGUUGAAGGCAGAAGCACAGGGAGGAUGUCACUGAAGACAAGGCGGAUAUCAAGACGUGUGUCAGAGCCUCCCAAGUUUAGGCUGGGUAUCAAUGCUAGGAGAGUUCAGUAAGAGUUGUCAGAUAAUUUGUGCAAACUAGCAGGCUUGCAAUGCUUGGGACAUAGCAAGAUGAGUACAGUUCAUCAACCUUGUAUUGCUGGCCACUGGGAGCUUUAAAAGCCUCUGGUUAUUGUUGCCUGCCUGGAACUGCAAGAACAGAGGGAUUGUCAAACACUCAGCAGGGCCGCAAAACAUGGGUUUGUCUUGCCAGAGUUGCAAAUCUGAUGUAUAAAUUCAUGCAUUCUAAGUGGUGCUGCAUGUGGUUUGACUUUUGUUUUGUUGUUUUUUUUUAAAUUCUUAUUACCUUAUUGGAUUGACCUGAUGUCCUUAAUAAACAUAUAUUUCCUCUCCA